AUGACCACCGAAGAGGAUAAAAAGGAAAUUGGAGAAAGCACGGAAGCAGAAGGAGAGAAAGAGGGAGGAAAUGAGAUAGAGGCGGAACAGGAAGAACCGCAGGAGGAGUUACAACAUUCUCAGGAAGAAAAUGUUGCCGAAAACCUCCCCUGCGAAGAUCAUUCCAGUGUGGAACAUCCUCCACAAGAACACGGUGAAGGCGGACUGUCGUCAGAGAACAGUUCUUGUGAAGAACAAUCUCCUGUAGAACAUUCCAUAGAAGGAUAUGUUGACGGUUCAUUCCACGAAAAACAUGCUUCUUAUCACUGUGAAGAACAAGCCUCUGAUGAACCUUCCCCUGCAGAACACUGCGAGGAAGACCCUUCCAGUGAGGGACAUCACUGUGAAGAACAUCCCAGUGGAGAAGAACUUUUUGAAGGUGAAGAUUCCUCUGCCAAAGAAGUUGGAGAACGUGAAGCCGGAGAAAUUCUGCGAGAAGAACACGGUUGUCCCAGUGAUCGUCUUGUGCAGCAAGAACCCUUUCAAGAUCUGUUCAUUGAAGACAAAUCUGCCAAGGAUAAUUCGAAUGACGAAUUGCAUUCCAAUUCUAAUGAGAAAUGUUCGUCUGACGAUCAUCCCGACGAAGAACAUUCCUUUGAAGAACACCGUGUGGAAUCCCAUUCCCCUCCUGAAGAACACCUGUGUGCAGACAAACCAAGUGAAGAACCGCGUCUAGAAAAUCUGAUUGAUUUGUCAGAGCAUCUGAUGGAAGAACAGCCUAAACCCUGUGAUGACGGUCCUACCGAAGAACAACCUGGCGACCUGUGUGAACACGUGUCUCCAGAAGAACAACCUGAAUGUUCUGAGCCCCCUCCUAUUGAAGAACAGCGACACGUCCACUUUAAUGAAGUGUGUUGCAUUGAUGAAAACCCGAGUGAAGAAGAACAGAUAUUUGAGUGCCAUCUUUCUGAAUUACAGCCGACGGAAGAACAUCUCGAUGAACAUGUUAUUGUAAACGAUCAUGACAAUGAAUCACUUCAGGAACAACAAAGAGAUGAGGAACAGCUUUCUGCAGGCCAGGAUGUUAAAAGCCAGUUGGACGAAGAACAGGACAGUGAGAAGAAAUCAGAAGAAGAAGGCAUUGAAGAACAAGUUAUUGAAGAACAGGCGUGUGAAGAACAGAUUACUGAAAAUCGCCCAAAUGAAGAGCAAAUCGACGAGAAAUCAAUGUGUGGAGUUCGGCUCGGGAAAGAACAGUCUGUGGAGAGUGUGGAAGAACUCGGAAUGGACGACGGCACAGGCGAAGAACAUCCUUGUGAAGGCGAAGUCCGGUGA